AUGGAUAUCACAGAAUUAUUACAGUGCUUUGCCUGCACUUUAGAUCAUAACACUGCGGUAAGAACCAAUGCAGAGACUCACCUUAAAAACGCAAGUAAGGUGCCAGGAUUUUUAGGUGCUUGCCUAGAUAUCAUUGCUGCCGAUGAGGUUCCAGAAAAUAUCAAGUUAUCAGCGUCUUUAUAUUUCAAGAAUAAGAUUUCAUACGGCUGGUGUGGUGAUGCGAGACAAAGCUCAAACGAAUUAUUGGAUUCACAUGUUGAUCCAGACGAAAAACCAGUAGUGAAAGAUAUGUUAAUCAAGACAAUGGUUAGCGUGUCCAAGACCUCCCCACGUUGCGUUAGAGUGCUGAAAUCCGCCCUUACCGUAAUCAUUUCAGAAGAUUAUCCCAGCAAAAAAUGGGAUAACUUAUUACCAAGUUCCUUAGAGUUGCUUUCAAAUGAAGACAUUACUGUGACAUAUGUCGGACUUUUGUGCCUUGCUGAAAUCUUCAGGACAUACAGAUGGAAGAACAAUGAUGAAAGACAGGGCCUGGAAGAGUUGAUUUUAAAUUAUUUUCCUGCUUUAUUGAAUUAUGGCGCAAACGUUCUUUUCCAGGAUGGCAAAUAUAUGAAUAAUGAGCAAAUAGGUGAAUUAGUGAAAUUGAUUGUUAAAAUUUAUAAAUUUGUUUCAUAUCAUGACCUACCAUUUACGUUACAACGUCCGGAGUCAUUUACUCCAUGGGCUUGCUUUUUUGUUAAUAUUGUCCAGCAACCAUUGCCUCAGGAAAUUUUGACUAUAUCUGAUAUUGAGGCCAGGAGCAAAAAUCCAUGGGUCAAAUGUAAGAAAUGGGCUCUUGCGAAUCUUUACAGACUUUUCCAGAGGUAUGCGUCAACUUCAUUAACGAGAAAAUUCCAGUAUGACGAGUUCAGACAAAUGUACUGUGAGCAAUUUUUGACUCAGUUCUUACAAGUCAUUUUCGAACAAAUCGAAGAGUGGGGGACCGGGCAAUUGUGGUUGAGUGACGAGUGCCUGUAUUACAUACUGAACUUCGUUGAACAGUGUGUUGUACAAAAGGCUACUUGGAAACUUGUUGGUCCGCAUUAUAAUGUGAUUCUUCAACAUGUUAUUUUUCCUCUACUGAAACCUAGUACUGAAACUUUAGAAACUUUCGAAAAUGAUCCUCAAGAAUACAUUAAUCGGAAUAUGGACUUUUGGGAUGUUGGCUACUCUCCAGAUCUGGCUGCACUGGCUUUAUUAACGACGUGUGUUACGAAACGCGGAAAAACUACUUUACAGCCCACUUCAGAAUUCAUGGUCACAACCUUACAAAAUGCCAUUGGUGACUAUAAUAAUAUUACAUUGGACAAUGCCUUGCAAAUUGAGUCAUGUUUGAGAAUAUUCUCUAGUAUUAUUGACCGCCUCAUAACAAAGGACUCUCCGUUCGUAAAUGAGAUGGAAAAGUUUAUAUUAACAUUUGUUUUUCCGUUUUUCAAAUCUCAAUAUGGAUUCUUGCAAAGCCGUGUAUGUGAUAUUUGUUCGAAAUUGGGUUCUAUGAAUUUCAAAGACCCCGUGAUAAUAUCGACUAUCUAUGAAGGCGUCAUGAAUUGUUUAAAUAAUUCCGAUAAUUCAUUACCUGUAGAAUUAAUGGCUGCGCUAGCACUGCAAACUUUCAUAAGUGAUAACCAGUUCAAUCAAGAGCUAUCCAGGCAUGUUGUUCCUACAAUGCAAAAAUUACUAAGCUUAUCUAAUGACUUCGAAUCUGAUGUAAUUUCGGGUGUUAUGCAGGAUUUUGUGGAACAAUUCGCUGAGCAACUACAACCUUUUGGUGUUGAGCUGAUGAAUACUUUAGUUCAACAGUUUUUAAAAUUAGCUAUUGAUCUACACGAAGCUUCAAAUAUAGAUCCAGAUUCAUUUACGAAUGCUGAUAAUAUCCCCGAUGAAUCCGAGAAGCAAAUGGCAGCACUCGGUAUCUUGUCAACUACGAUAUCUAUUCUGCUAUCUUUUGAGAAUUCGCCUGAAAUCCUGAAAAACUUGGAGCAAUCAUUUUAUCCAGCUGCAGAAUUCAUUUUGAAAAAUGACAUCGAAGAUUUUUAUCGUGAAUGUUGUGAAUUUGUUGAAAACUCUACAUUUUUACUAAGAGAUAUCACUCCCAUCAGCUGGAAAAUUCUAGAACUAAUUGGAGAAUGUAAUAGGAAAGCAGACAGUAUGGUUUCCUAUUAUUUGAGCGAUUUCAUGCUGGCUCUUAAUAAUAUUAUGAUUUAUGGCAAAGACGAGCUGAAGAAGAAUGAAUUUUACACAAAAAUUAUAUUCGAAAUAUAUCAAAAUGCCGUUGUUUCUGAAGACAAUUCACUAGACGACCUUAAAGUAGUUUUCGAUUUGUCACAGGAGUUCGUUCUUGCAUUGGAUGAUAAUUUACUUCAACACUACAGGGAGCGUAUAUUACAAGAUGCUGUGAAAGCUAUUUUGACCCAGAAAAGGGAGCUGAAAAUCAAUGUUGUCUUUGGUGUGACGGCUAUUAAUGUCGUUAUUUCAAAUCUGAUAACAGCUCCUUUGAUCACUUUGCAGUAUCUAAAACAACAAGGGUGUCUUGAACUUUUCUUCCAGACGUGGAUUACAGAUUAUAUUCCAAAUUAUAAAAGGUGCUAUGAUAUUAAAUUAUCAGUUCUCGCACUAUUGAAAAUUAUUCUAAACCUACAAAGCAAUGUUUACUCCGUGUUGAACCUAGAAAACUUGGUUCCGCAAUUGGGUACCACUGUAACACAAUUAGCUUCCAAACUUCCAACAGCAUUGAGACAAUUAGCUAAUCAACGCAAAGAAUUUUCAUCAUCAGGUCUCGAAGGGGAUGCCAAGUGGGACGAAGAUUUUCUUGAUGUCGGAGAUGACGAUGACGAUGGUGAUGAAGGUGACCUUACUGAAAAGUAUUUAGAACUAAUAAAAAACAGAUCAGAUUCCUUGGACUUCGUAGAUGGUUAUGACGGAAAGGAAACCUUUGAUGAUCUAGAAGAGGACCCAUUGACGGGGUCAAUUUUGGAUACUGUUGACGUAUAUAAGGUCUUUAAAGAGUCCAUCAUCAGUCUGCAACAUGUUGACGGUGACAGAUAUCAAGGUAUCAUGGCACAUCUGACGCCAGCUGAUCAAGAACUGUUUAUGGGGAUUAUGAACGCUUAG